GGCCGGACUUGGGUAGAUGUUUGCCGGCUUGCGAGUCGAUUGUUUCGUUUAAUUUCAAAGUUCGAAUCACCGCGAGCUCAGCGUAAGGGCGUUUAUUGCGAGAAUAAAAGUGAAUUUGUUUUUGCGGUGCGGAAAAUCUUUCGAAAAACUGUUGCGGUUAAUUUUGUGGCGCGACCGCGACUCGUGUUGAUUUGAUAUUUUGUUGUUUGCCGAUCGCUUCGGGAAAACAAGAUGGUAUCUUCCAGCAAAAUGAUGAACGUACGGGUGACGACUAUGGACGCGGAGCUGGAAUUCGCGAUCCAGCAGUCGACGUCCGGGAAACAGCUCUUCGAUCAGGUCGUCAAAACGAUCGGCCUCAGGGAGGUCUGGUUCUUCGGUCUGCAGUAUACGGACUCGAAAGGUGACCUCACUUGGGUCAAGCUUUACAGAAAGGUUAUGGCGCAGGACGUGAAAAAGGAGAACCCUUUGCAGUUCAAAUUCCGCGCAAAAUUCUAUCCCGAGGACGUCGCCGAGGAGCUGAUCCAGGAUAUCACGCUGCGUCUGUUCUACCUCCAGGUGAAGAACGCCAUCCUGUCGGACGAGAUAUACUGCCCACCCGAAACAUCCGUCCUGCUCGCUUCCUACGCCGUCCAGGCACGCCACGGCGAUUACAACAAGUCCUCGCAUCAGCCGGGAUUUUUGUCAAACGACCGGCUUCUACCUCAGAGGGUGAUGGACCAACACAAGAUGUCGAAGGAGGAGUGGGAAAAUAGCAUAAUGACGUGGUGGAAGGAGCACCGGGGCAUGCUCAGGGAAGACGCGAUGAUGGAGUACCUAAAGAUCGCGCAGGAUCUCGAGAUGUACGGCGUUAACUAUUUCGAAAUCAGGAACAAAAAGGGCACCGAACUGUAUCUGGGUGUGGACGCUCUGGGCCUAAACAUAUACGAAAAGGACGACCAGUUGACGCCGAAGAUCGGUUUCCCGUGGUCCGAGAUCCGGAACAUCUCGUUCAACGAUCGCAAGUUCAUCAUCAAACCGAUCGACAAGAAGGCGCCCGAUUUCGUGUUCUUCGCGCCACGCGUGCGAAUCAACAAGCGCAUCCUCGCCCUCUGCAUGGGCAACCACGAGUUGUACAUGCGACGUCGGAAACCGGACACCAUCGACGUGCAGCAAAUGAAGGCGCAGGCGCGCGAGGAGAAGCUCGCCAAGCAGCAGCAGCGCGAAAAACUGCAAUUCGAGAUCGCGGCCCGCGAACGCGCCGAAAAGAAACAGCAGGAGUACGAGGACCGACUCAAGGCGAUGCAAGAGGAGAUGGAACGGAGCCAACAGAACCUGCACGAGGCGCAGGAGAUGAUCCGACGACUGGAGGAACAGCUGAAGCAGCUCCAGGCGGCCAAGGACGAGCUCGAGAAGCGCCAAAACGAGCUGCAAACGAUGAUGGAACGUUUGGAGGAGAGCAAGAACAUGGAGGCGGCGGAACGGCAAAAAUUGGAGGACGAGAUCCAGGCGAAGCAGGCGGAGGUACAGCGCAUCCGCGAGGAGGUCGAAGCGAAGGAUUCGGAAACGAAACGCCUCCAGGACGAGGUGGAGGCUGCUCGGCGCAAGGAAGAGGAGCUCAAGGCGCAGCAGUUGGCAAACGCUACCAAAGGUCACCUCGAGGAGAACAACCACGACGACGACGACGAAAUGGUGAACGGUGACGUCAGCAAGGACCUCAGCACCGACGAGAACAUCGUCGACCCGAUCGAGGACAGGCGCACGCACGCCGAGAGGAACGAGCGUCUGCAGGAUCAGUUGCAGGCGCUGAAGAAGGACCUCGCACAGUCGCGAGACGAAACGAAGGAAACUGCGAUGGAUAAGAUCCAUAGGGAGAACGUGCGCCAAGGCCGCGACAAAUACAAGACGUUGCGCGAGAUCCGCAAGGGCAACACCAAGCGCCGAGUCGACCAGUUCGAGAACAUGUAAAAUCUUAAGUGUCGAAACCAGUUAAGUAAUGCAAAAUAACGCUUUCGAAAAUGAAAAAAAAAAAACGAUAAUUCCCGAUUUAAAAAAGAAGUAAACACAAACAAACCAGUAACUGAUGAAAUUGAAAGGUUCAAUGCCUUAUCCAAAUGCUCAACGAUUGAUUGAUUAAGGAAACAGCAAUUUUUUAUGAUCCGAAUCGGUGUUUAUAAAUAAUAUUUUUUAAGCAUAUUUCCUUCUAGUAUUCGCGCUGUAACAUAUAGAGCUUUCCGCUCGAAUAAGUGGCCUUAGUAUUUUUCGCUUUCCCGUUUAGACAUAUUUACUGCUUUUUAUAUAUUUUAUAUAUAUUUAGAGAGUGCGAGAGAGAAAGAGAUGCGACGUGCGACACCUUGCAAAGUUUAGAUCUGUUCCCGCUUCUGAAGGUUCCGAAUCCUUCUUCCUCCUUCUCCUUCUUGUCCCUCAUUGCCUAGCGUAAACGCAUUCCAUUUAAUUAACGGUAGGUUUCACUUAAUUGUAGUGCCAUUCGGUAAAAAGUCGUCUAUUUAGUUUCGGAUUGGGAUUAGAUGUAUUUAUUCAUUCGCAAUUGUCCCCGAUCCGACAGUGUUUGUAUUUUCGAACUUUAUCCUCUGCUGUACGCCUAAGUCGUCGAUUUGAAGCGGAUUUCACGGAUUAUUAGUUUGCUGGUGGCUAGUGGAAUGUGGCAGGAAGUUUUGAUAAGGGAGGUGCUACCUUUAUAGCUAUUUGAUAAAAGAGGCGUUGAGUAUUUCCACCGAGUGGUCUUUACGUGAGAAUAGGAAACUUUGUUGCUCAUCUGGUUACUAUUUGAUGGCGUUGUGGUUUUGGGAAUGUUUUUUGCCAAUGAAUAUUACUUAAAGUACUUUGUAUUAAAUGAAAUAUGUAAAAGGAACUGGGGCAAGGUCGGAAUACCUUAAUACCUUUCCCAAGACGACAAGAAAAAUUACCCGCGCCACUGUACGAGAAGUACUCACAGAAAAUUCCUGCUACAUUCUAAAUAGUCACCCAACAAAGCUGUUUAACUUUACCACCUGGUAAUAAGAUCGCAUGUCCGCUUGCAAUCGAUAGUUCCUUCUUGAAGAGUAAAAAUACUAUUAUACUAUAUAUACUAUACCCGACCAAAUACGUCAAUUUUACACUACGUCCAUUCGCUAUAAAACCGGUAUGGUGCUUCCGUAUAAUACAGCAUGGGGCUCUUCGGUAGUGCUAAAACGUUUUGUAAAUAAUUCAGCUUUCGAAAAGGUGACCGCCACGGGUCGAAAUAUUUUUUGUAAUCUUUAAAAAAUGUGUAAAUAUAUAUAUAAAAUUAUUUGUACCGAGCCGAGUUGCCUUCUUACUGUUUAAGGAACUUUCCCCUCUAAGAUUUUGUCGUUUUUGUAUAAUUAUACCUAUAUUUGGUAUGCUAGAUGAUAAGUUUGUUAUAUUAUACAUAACGAGCACUAGUUUUUGCCAAUCUUUUUUAUGUUGUGCGUUUUCCCUUUUCACGUCAUUCAUCGGAGCAAGCAUUUCAGUUGAUAGUUUUUGUUGUUGUUAUACCACUACAUAUCGGUUGCAACUUUUCCGGCGCAUUUAAUGAUACCGGACAGUCCGCAGUGACUACUUAUUCAUUUAUAUAUACUGUUAGGGUAAUUAAUAAACAUUUUUAUUUGGAUUUAA